AUGAUCGUUAAUCUCUGGAUCCUCGUGCUAGGAUUAGGGCUAUUUCUGGCGGCGGAUGCGCGACGCCCCCAACCGAUCGGAAUUGAUCUUGGCCCUGAGUUACUUACAGCUGCGUACGCUCACACGUCCGAUAAUGUCUCGGUGAUCGCUGCGAUCACGCCGGGGCCAGAUGACAUCUAUGUUCGCCAUAUGUUGCUCCUCCGAUUGGAGUACGCAGACCGACAUGAUAUUAUGCGUCCGUGGCGUAAACCCGCCCAGUGGACUCUGAAAGGAUAUCUGUCCAAUCUCAGCCAACAGCUGAUCACUGAGUUGAGCACAUUUGGUGACAAACCGGCGCUGCAGAAUUCACAGAUAUUGUCAUUUGCUCGCACUGCAUUUUGUACUGUACUCCAGGCAGUCUCAUACACUCGGAGACUUGUCAGUCCUGGGUAUAAUGAGGAAAUACGAUUAGUCGAUGUCCAAACAGGGUUUGUUGACAGGCUACGACAGCUGAAGCAGAAAGCUGCUGCUGACAAUGAUAUCGAUUUGGACUAUGCUAUCAUCGCAGUGCCCGAGUUUUUCAAUCAGACCCUCCGAGAGAUGGUGGCGGACGCAAGUAGGGAGGCAGGAAUCAAGUCAGCUCUCACCCCUAUUUCCAGAACGACUGCGGCGACCUUUGUCUCUACAUCCACUAUAGUGAACCCCUCUGGCCUCAACUACGCAGUCAUAGAUCAUGGAAUGUUUUAUCUAGAUGUUAGUGCUGGGCACGGGCGGGAGCGCAUUCAUCAGUAUUUCCCUGCGUUGCAAUUUGGUAGCACAAUGAUCGACAAGCAUCUUACGGACCGACUCGUAAGUCGCGUGGAGGAACUCAAUAUGGAGAUCGCAAUUGGAGCCUCUCAAACUGCGCUCUAUGGUCCUGUGAGACAGGCCCGAACUUUGAUCCGUGAUGACCUUGAUUCCCAUCUGCUUGGGUCUAAAAACGACCCGGAUCGUCACUUUGAUGAGUAUCCUCUUGACCUGACCAACUGGGGUUCUGGACAAUCCCAGGCUGUUCUAUCAUGGGAAGACGUACACGCUGCCGAAAGACGAUUCAUUGAGGUAGUCGCUUCUAAUCUGAUCAUGUACCUGGCUGCUUUGAGACUCCGCCGCUUACCUGAUACUCCGAGGGACCCAAUAAUACCUGAAACUGUCGACCGAGUUGUGAUUCUAACUACCGGCCCUGAUGGUCACCUAUUGGAGCAAGCAGUUCGCGAGAGCCUUGGAGACCACAUUGAAAUUAUAGGAGGUACACUGCGGGAAUCCUUCUCCCUGGCCGCGUCUGGAGCCGCCCGUGCUGCUCUAGUUGCUAUGUCUCCUGGGAUGUGUCGUAAGAGAUCUGAACGUGGUGUAUUUGAUCAUGAGCUUUAG